AGAGGAUAUUAAAUGUAGCAGCACGUGCCUCCUCCAGAUACAAAUUUGCUAUUUGCGUACUGUUGCCUUCACACGUAACUGGGGACUUGCUAAGUGACAUCAGAGGAGGAGUGAACUUCAGCAGCAGGGCGUGUGUGUAUGUGUGUGUGUGUGUGUGUGUGUGUGUGUGAGAGUGUGAGUCGGAGUGAGGAGCGAAACCUUGACCACACUCACGCUCGUCUCAGGUGUUCGCAGUGUUGGACACAGAUCAAUGAGUCAAAGGGGCUUUGUUGGAAUAAGUGAAAUGCAUAAUGUGAUCUCCGCUGGGACGGACAGCAACUGCUGCCGCUGCGCAGAUGACAGGCUUCAUGACGGCGCCCCCAGUGAUCCUCGUUAACCCCACAUACCCAGGAGACCCGCACACGAAAUGCAUCCAGAUCCAGUUGGCCUGUAACCUGUGUCCAGACAGCCACAAAACUCAGGUCUGGCUUUGUUUCUUUAUUCUGAGCUUCUUGAGUACAUGUACCUGUGCUGUUUCCUCGAAAGAUAUAGAACAUUUCAAUAUUUGCUUGGACCACCUAAAAUCCUCCAUUCAGAAAUCAGAUGCCAUGCUGUAUGCUCCAUCAACUAAUGAUGUUAAACCGGCUUGUGUAAAUAUGUCACUGAAUUGUUACAUGUUGGAGUUGAAGAUGGUCAUCGAUGAAGAAGACGUAUGGAAUAAUUACACACAGUGCAUCAAUGAGUUUGCCCUUUCUCUGUCUUCGUCAGCUAACGCUGUUGGCUGUCCACCAUGUGAAGCAUACUCACCUCAAAAUAUUACAAUUUUCCUUGAGAGACUAAACACUCUUUUGCAACGAUUUACAGUGUUGCUGUAAAAAUCAUAAGCUAUGUUUGUGAAAAUGUACAUUUGUAAAGAUUAUUUUUUAUUUUGUAAAAAUCACAUUGUAAGUAUGCCAAACUGUGACAAACCAUGCCGUCCUGUGUUUUAUAAAAAAGGUAGAUGACUCUAAAGUGAAUGUGUAAUGUAACAGUUUGAAUGUGUUGGAUGGAUCCUCAGGCUAUUCACUGAUUUCUUGCACACUGAGAUACUCCCCGUCACUGUGUCACAAUCUGCCUUCCAGUUGUAUAGUUUUUCAAAAGUGUAUCAGACAGUAGCUUGUAGUAGCAACACGUACUGUAAUAAUUAUUAUACAAUGUAUAUGAUAUUAAGCUAACUGCUUAACACUGUUGAAUGUAACAUAUCACACAUUAUCAACUCCAUUACAAGAUGUAACAUCAGAA